AUGAAGAAAGCUGUUCAACAGAGUCGUUUCACCAGGUUUAAAAGGACUCUCUAUAAUCCAGAAAAACAUGAAAUUUUAGGGAGGACUUGCAGAGAAUGGGUUCUGAUUUUCAUAUUUUACGUCGUGGCAUACACAUUCUUGGCUUUAUUCUUCGUCGGUAUGCUAUCAGUUUUUCUGUAUGGAUACGUCAGUAAAACAGUUCCAACACUCACUGGGGAACAAAGCAUUUUGAGAUUUCAGCCAGGAAUAGAACUUGCUGCAAGACCAAACUCUUUUAAUACGUUUAUCCAUGUUGCAACUUUCCAAUCCACAAUCAACCAACCGUAUAUUAAUAAAGUGAAUGAACUGUUUAGUAAAUAUGGCUCGAAAGGUGUAAAUGAAGAGUGCAGUGGACCUGGUUUGCAUCCACAGAAUCCAGAUGUCCCUUGCAGCUUUGAUCUCAGUGUUUUGGGUGAAUGUCAGUCAACUGAGAAAACUAUAUUGGAGGGAAAACUAUGUCUUUAUUUGAAAAUAAAUCGAAUCUACGGUUGGUUACCUGAUUUGGAAGAUCCUAAAUCGAUUCCAUCACCUGCUAUCGAAUGUGGAGGUACAAAUGAAUUCGAUAAAGAAUCCCUUGGUAUUGUAAGAUACUUUCCAGAACACAUAGCACCAAAUGGGAAGAAGUAUGGUGUCAUAUCAAACAAUUAUUUUCCCUAUUUAAGAAUGAAUAAUUAUCAAGCACCAUUAGUUGCUGUACAACUCUCUAAUAUAACAAGAAAUACUGUUGUCCUAGUUGAAUGUCGUUUGGUUGGUUUAAAAAAUUCUAUCGGUGGAACAGGUUUUGAAGUUUGUGUUGAUGACAAAGAUUCAGGAAAAUAAAUUAUUCUUUAAUCUUUUGCAAAACAUAACAUUUUUAAAAAAAUCUGUUUUUACUAUUAAAGAAAAGAAAAUAAUUAUAUCGUUUAUGUGUGUUCAAUUUAUGUGUUCCUUAAUAUUUUUUUAUCUUAAGAAAACACAAAUACAUCUAAUUUAGC